UCAUUUUUGUGUUGAGUUUCUACCAGAGUCUUGUGCUCCGUUUCGUACGUGCAUUGUGGGUAGUGCGGUUGUGUUGCUUGAUUUUUAUUAAAAACAAUUUCAGCGCACAAUAAAAACUGUGUGUUUAAUAAUCAACAACGACUUCGACGUGUGUUAGUGCCGCUUUAAAUCUAUUUAACAAUGUCCGAAUAUUGGAUUAUCUCAGCGCCUGGCGACAAGACGUGCCAGCAAACCUUCGACACGAUGAACAACUUAACCAGCAAGCAACAUAAUCUAUGCAAUAACUACAAGUUCCAUAUACCCGACUUGAAGGUGGGCACACUGGAUCAGUUGGUUGGCCUGUCCGAUGAUCUGGGCAAAUUGGAUACGUACGUGGAGCAAAUCACGCGCAAGGUGGCCCUGUACCUGGGCGAGGUGCUGGAGGAUCAGCGGGAUAAGCUGCAUGAGAAUUUGCUGGCCAACAACAGUCCUGGCCCACCUGACGAGAGCAUGCCGUGUCGACAUCACCAGCGUCUGAAGCAUUUGAGCCUGCGCCAUCAGCGUAAACACCAGCACACGCACCACCAAAACAAUCCGCUACACCACCAUAACAACCACCACAAUCAUCAUCAUCAGUAUCUGCCGCAGCUGCCCGCGGAUCUCAAGGGUAAAUCCAACAGCAACAAAUCGACAACAGCAGCAACAACAACAACAACAGCAACUACUACUACUACUACUACUACCACUACCAAUACCAAUAUGCAUGCAGCGCACGCCUCCUCCGCCUUCGCCUCCGCCUCCGCCAACGUUCCAGCCACAGCCUCUGCCUAUGCCUCCGCCUCGACAUCAGCCAGAGCCAGCUGCUCGGCGUGCCAGGUGAGCGGCGCCAGCGGCGGCAGCCUGAACAAUUUGUCCCUAACCCAUGAUGAGUCGGAGCGUGAUUUUGAUUUUGUGAUACCGCCAUCGGGCUGUGCCUGCGACGAGUGCUAUGGGCUGCUCAGCAACAGCAGCAGCGUGUUUGCCCCGCCCAGUGCCAGCGCCACGGCGAGCACAUUGAUGGCCGACGAUUGCUAUACCCAGACAGCCUCCUCGAUGUUGAAUGCCACGCGCUGUGCGAUCAACACGGUGACGGCCAUAGCAACGGGCAGCAGCACGCCGGGCAGUGCGACGGCCGUAACGGCAGCAACUGUUGCCGAUGCCAAGGCCAGUUCGGCAUCGACAAUUUGCUCCUCGGCCUAUUUCUCAACGUCGGCGCCAACGGGCAGCAGUUCGGUGCAAAGCAUGUCGCGCUCUAAUAGCAAAAAGCUAAAUAACAACACUUGCAGCAUAAACAAUAACAAGCUGAGCUUUCGUAGCAGCAGCAGUCAAUUUCAAAUGCCAGCGCAGCAGCAGCAUCAGCAGCAGCAGCAACAGCAACAACAACAACAAUCGCCAUUACAAUCGCCAACAGAAAAGUCGAUAUGCGAUACGGAUACGGAGGAUGCGGAGGAUUUGGAUGAUCCAAAGAGUCCGACUAGCGCCUCCUCAUUAUCCGAAACAUUCGACUGGUGGUUCAAUAAGCCGAAGCGUAACUCUAAGAAGUGCAGCACACAGACAUCCACACAGCUACCGAUACAGACACAGCCACAGUCACAGCCACAGCCACAAAGCAAACCAAUUACAUUUUGGCAUCAGACAUCGCCCACACCGCGCUCUAGUUAUCGCUCUUUCUUCAAUUCUCUUGCCGAUCAAAUUUAUAGCAAACGUUCUACAACGUCUCAAUUAAAUAUAAACAAUGGAUUUAAUUUAACUACAACACAUAGAUCGUCACCAGUGAGUAGUUGUUGUGGCAGUAGUAGCCAGGGUCGUUCCAGUCCAGACACGGAUCAUGCAGCUGAGCCGCCCGAAUUUCCACUCAGUCCAGCCGAACUACCGCAGUAUUUAACGCGUUUCCAAUGGGAUAUGGCCAAGUAUCCGAUCAAACAAUCGCUGCGCAAUAUAGCCGAUAUCAUAUCGAAACAAAUCGGUCAAAUCGAUGGCGACUUGAAGACCAAAUCGCAGGCCUACAACAAUCUGAAGGGCAAUCUGCAGAAUCUGGAAAAGAAGAAAACUGGCAGUUUGCUGACACGCAAUCUGGCGGAUUUGGUCAAGAAGGAGCACUUCAUACUGGAUUCGGAGUACCUGACCACGCUGCUUGUCAUUGUGCCAAAGGCCAUGGCUAAUGAUUGGUUGGCCAACUAUGAGAUGAUUACGAAAAUGAUUGUGCCACGCUCAUCUCAGCUCAUCAAGGAGGAUCCCGACUACUGCCUCUUCAAUGUGACGCUCUUCAAGAAGGUCACCGAGGAGUUCAAGCUUCAUGCUCGUGAACGUAAAUUUAUUGUGCGUGAUUUCGUUUACAACGAGGAGGAGCUGGCAGCGGGCAAGAACGAGAUGACCAAGCUAAUGACCGAUAAGAAGAAGCAGUUUGGCCCUCUGGUGCGCUGGCUGAAGGUGAACUUCAGCGAGGCUUUCUGCGCCUUGAUACACGUCAAAGCGCUGCGCGUUUUCGUGGAAUCUGUGCUGAGGUACGGCCUGCCUGUUAACUUCCAGGCCAUAUUGAUUGAGCCCAAUAAGAAGAGCGUCAAGCGCUUGCGUGAUGUGCUCAAUCAGCUGUAUGGCCACUUGGAUGGUGCAUCCGCUGGCGGAAAUGUGAACAGUGCUGAUAAUGUGGAUAUACCCGGCUUGGGCUUUGGCCAAUCUGAAUACUAUCCGUAUGUGUUCUACAAGGUGAACAUCGAUAUGGUUGAGCAAACCAAGCUUUAAGAAGGCAACGCACGUGCCUCUACUUCGCACACGCCCACAUAACCCCGCACGCCCAUACACAGCCACACAACAAUAAAUAUAUAAAUUCAAAAGAAGAUCAACAAUUUACUGAAUAUGCAAAUUGUAUUCACAGCAACAGCUAACACACAGACACACACACAAAAAAGAGAAAACGCUGUCUGCUUCCCAAAACAAAUCAAGAAAAAAUUCUAAUCUGCUCAUAACUAAAAAAAAAAGAAACAAUAAGUUAAAGAUAAAAGGAACAACAACAACAGUAAACCACGCAAACAAUUAAUAGUUAACUAUAAAUUAAUUUAGUCAUUGUUAUAUAAUUAUUGUUGUUAUUUAUGUUACGCGUUCGCUGAAUUCCGUUUCCCAAGUUCAACUUAUUUUCGACAAAGAAAACCCCCAAAAAAAAGUUUUAAAUAAUGUUAAUCGCGCGUAAGAGAAGCAAAACAAAAUUUCCAAAUGUUUUUUGUUCAUAUCGCGUUUGCCUCCGCCCCUCACAAAACUAAAACUGUAUCAAAAAAGUUUCUAAUUUGUAUUUACAAUACUUGCUUCAGUUUUAAACAGUAUUUUUUUGUUUGUUACACUUUCUUUCUUUUGUUUGUUUUCUUUUGGCCUUGUUUUGUUAAUGCAAAAAUAUGUAAACUAUAACUGAAUGAUAUAUUUUAUAGUAAACACACACAUACAAAAAAAAUGAUGAACCUUAACACGCAUUGUCACUAAAAUCAAGCCGAAAGUUUAAUUUUGUUUAUAGUAGCUACAACAUUAUUAAUAAUACAUAUAAAUAAAUAUUGAUUUACAUAUGUUUCUUCUUCAUUCACAAAGAUGUGUUUAAACAAUUUACCUUGAUUUUUCUUUUCCUUUUUUUUUUAAUAUCUGUAACUAACAAUUGAUUGCAAGCCCGACUAAAACUAACAAUUUUAACUAAUAUUUGAUUAAUAAGUGUAAAAGGAGUCGCAAAACAAAAGAUGCAAUGAAAUUUCCGCCGGAAAACAAACUAUAUAAAACCCAAACAAAAGUAUUCUAUUUAUAAAUGUUGCCUAGAUAUCGCGAGUUUAUAAAAAAAGCAAAAGUUCGAGUUAGCAAAAAAUAAAUAUAAAAACAAAAGAAAACCUUAAUAUAUAAAGCUUAUCUAAUUCGAACACUUUCUACAUGAAAACUUUGCACUAAUCUAAAGCUAAACGAGGAGAGAACAAUAAUAAUUGUAUGUAAAGUAAAGUUUAAAUUAAUAUUUUCAAUGUUUGCUACUGCUACAA